GCUUCUCGUUGAUGGGAGUGAAGACGAAUAAGAGUUUUGGAGAGGAAAAAAGUUCGAAGCGAGGAGCGGACACAAAGAGGACGACGCUCGGGUGUCAACCACUGGACUUUUGCGGCUUUUAAUGUGUUUUAAUCCCUAAAAGGCUUUGCUUAAUGAGGCGCGCUUGUACGUGAAUUCCCCGGACUGAGAGGUGUGUAAAGUUGACGAGAUGUUUUCCUGCUCGGUUCUUCUCCUGCUGCCUGUGCUGCUUUCAGCCCAGUACCAAGGGGACAACGGCAUAGUCAUCCCAGAACAUGGUCUAUGUCAACCCAUCUCCAUCCCCCUCUGCACGGACAUCGCCUACAACCAGACCAUCAUGCCCAACUUGGUGGGCCACUACAACCAGGAGGACGCCGGGCUGGAGGUGCACCAGUUCUACCCCCUGGUCAAGGUGCAAUGCUCCCCCGAGUUGAAGUUCUUCCUGUGCUCCAUGUACGCCCCCGUCUGCACCGUCAUGGAGAAGGCCAUCCCCCCGUGCAGGUCCAUCUGCGAGCAGGCCAAGCAGGGCUGCGAGGCCCUCAUGAACAAGUUCGGCUUCCAGUGGCCGGACCGUCUCCGCUGCGAGAACUUCCCGGUGCACGGGGGCAGUCAGAUGUGCGUGGGGCAGAACAAGUCGUCGGCCGCCACCGUGCCGCCCUUACCCGUCCCGGGGACGCAGGACGUGUCCGUGGUCUCCGGCCACGACCGCUCGUUCCGGUGCCCCAACGUCCUCAAGGUGCCGCCCUAUUUGAACUACGUGUUCCUGGACGAGAAGGACUGCGCGGCUCCCUGCGAGCCCGCCAGGGGCGGCGGCUACAUGUUCUUCACCGACAAGGAGAUCCACUUCUCCCGCAUUUGGAUCCUGGUCUGGUCCGUGCUCUGCUGCGCCUCCACCUUGUUCACCGUCACCACCUACCUGGUGGACAUGCAGCGCUUCCGCUACCCGGAGAGGCCCAUCAUCUUCUUGUCGGGCUGCUACACCAUGGUGUCGGUGGCCUACAUCGCCGGCUUCUUCCUGGGGGACAAAGUGGUCUGCAACGAGGCCUUCAACCCGGACGGCUACAAGACCAUCGUGCAGGGCACCAAGAAGGAAGGCUGCACCAUCCUCUUCAUGAUGCUCUACUUCUUCAGCAUGGCCAGCUCCAUCUGGUGGGUCAUCCUGUCCCUCACCUGGUUCCUGGCGGCGGGCAUGAAGUGGGGCCACGAGGCCAUCGAGGCCAACUCGCAGUACUUCCACCUGGCGGCGUGGGCGGUGCCGGCCGUCAAGACCAUCAGCGUCCUCGCCAUCGGGCAGAUCGAGGGCGACGUCUUGAGCGGCGUCUGCUUCGUCAGCCUCAGCAACCUGGACCCCCUGCGAGGCUUCGUGCUGGCGCCGCUCUUCAUCUACCUCUUCAUCGGCACCUCCUUCCUCCUGGCGGGCUUCGUGUCGCUCUUCCGGAUCCGCACCAUCAUGAAGCACGACGGCACCAAGACGGAGAAGCUGGAGCGCCUCAUGGUGCGCAUCGGCGUCUUCAGCGUGCUCUACACCGUGCCCGCCACCAUCGUCAUCGCCUGCUUCUUCUACGAGCAGGCCUUCCGCCCGCACUGGGAGCGCAGCUGGGUGGGCCACAGCUGCCGGAGCCUGGCGGUGCCGUGCCCGGCGCAGGCGGGGCCCCGCAUGACCCCGGACUUCACCGUCUACAUGAUCAAGUACCUCAUGACGCUCAUCGUGGGCAUCACGUCCGGCUUCUGGAUCUGGUCCGGCAAGACGCUGCACUCCUGGCACAAGUUCUACACCAGACUAACAAACGGCAAACACGGCGAGACCACCGUGUAGGACGCGCUUCCCCUGUGGAUGUUUUUCCCCGUCACGUUUGGGUUUGAGCUGGAUUAAGCGGGUCGGUCCCGACUGAACAAAAACAACAUGGCCGUGCGCUGAAAAUGCUCACCUCCUCCUCCUUCCUCCUUCCUCCUUUUAGCAUUUCACAUGUAAAUAGACUGUAAAUAAUAUUUGUAAAAAAAACAACAAAUCUAUAUAUUUGUAUUUAAAAAAUACCUGCUUCACAUUUGCACUGCGACAAAACCCAAGUAGAUUUUUUUUUUUUUUUACAAGCAGUCUGUCAGCAAAAUGACUUGUAGUCACUUUAUAAUGAAGCUACUAAAUCAGGGGUGUCCAAAGUGUGGCCCGGGCCCGCAGCUCAUGUUUUACCGGCCCGCGGCACAUCAUUCUAAAAAUACUUUUUAAAAAAAAAUGUUUAAAACAUUAAAACGUGGAAUAAAAGAGCAAAUAGGUGAAAUGCAACGAGAAAAAAAGUUGCAUUGUUGACUCUAAAAACAAUUUUUUCAAAUACUUUAAAAAAAAUAAAAUAAUGAGUCAAAAUCAAUGUUGCUAUGAAUUAUUGACUGAUUUAAGGACAAAAAGGACACAAAUACAACAAACAAAAUAUGAAAAUUAUUUUUAAAAAUACAUACAAAUUAUAUACUAAUAUUAAUUAUACUAAUUAUAUUGAUUAUUAUAAAUAUACUAAACUAAUUACACUACAUAUUAUCUGAAGCUGAUAUAGAGAUUUAAGUGUUGAAUGUAAAAAAAAAAAAAUUACAAAAAAAAAAAGCAUGACCAUUUUAUAAGUGGGGCACUUUUGGAUCCCCAAAAAUUUUUGUGGAAUUAAAAAACACCUGUCUUUGCUAUAAAAAAAAAAAAAAAUAAUAAUAAAUUAAAAUCAAAUUUGCUAUGAAUUAUUGACCUAUUUACUUCACAUCAAAUAUUCCACUUUGAAAAUCUUUUUGGGGAAAAUAUUGUAUAUUUUGUAUUUUUGCCCCCCAAAAUUGGGUGACUUAUUUUUAACCUUUUUUAAGACUGAAACCCUUCUGGGUCCCUAGGACCUAACUUGAGUGAGCCCCAAAGGUUAAAAAAAAAAAAAAGGUGUAUAUUGUAUUGGUUUUGAAAAUGGAGAAAAUAUCAAAAUGGCCCCCGCGUGUUUAGAUUUUUCAGUGUGCGGCCCUCAGUGGAAAAAGUUUGGACACCCCUGUACUAAAUAGUCGUGUGUACUUCACUAACCAACCGUUGCGUGUAAAUAUGGGUUUUCAUGCGUACUCGCCCGAUGUCAUACAUGUAUUCAUUUUACUUUGCAUCUUCUUUUUUGUUUAUCCCCCCCCCGAACACCACGACAUGCACCGUUUAGUAUUUCCAGAGCGAAGAAGUCAGGAAGUUUCUUUCAGCGCCGCCAGGUCAGACGGGCAUUGAACGCGACACGUCCACUACAGCAGGGGUGUCCAAAGUGCGGCCCGGAAGCUAAUUUUUUUUAAGCGGCGGCACAUUUUUAAAAUACUAUUACAAAAAAUAUAAACGGUUAAAAGAGCACACAGGUGUAAUGUAACACCAUUUUUUUGCAAUAUUGCCACUAAUAAUGCAGUUUUUUUACUUUAAACCUGGCAUUUAAACAAAAAAAGUAAUUUAAAAAAUACGGAUAGAUCUGAAAGUAAUUUUUAGCAGUGGUUCUCAAAAUUUUUUCCACCAAAUACUACCUCAGAAAACACCAAGCUCCACCAUAAUGACCAACAUUCAAAUACAGUAGCGUAAUAGGCCUAAAGAUUCAUUAAAAACAAGGCAUGGGAUUUUUUUUUGAUUUUUUUUUUUUUACUAUUUGCCUAUUACACACAGUAACACUGUGUUUGAAUAUAGAAAUAUAAAACACUGUACUUUAAGCAAGUCAUUCUUUGGCGUACCACUAGACGGAGCACGGUUUGAGAAUCACUGAUCUAGAGAUUCAAGCAUUAAAAGUAAAAAUGUUAUAUAUUGAAAUAGACUUGUUUUUAACGCGUUUAGUCCGAUUUUCUUAAAAACUGUCUUUGUUAAAACUAGGGCUGCAACUAACGAUUAAUUUGAUAAUCGAUUAAUCUGCCGAUUGUUACUUCGAUUAAUCGAUUAAUAAUCGGAUACAAGAGACAAACCACAUUUCUAUCCUAUCCAGUAUUUUAUUGAAAAAAAACAGCAUACUGGCACCAUACUUAUUUUGAUAAUUGUUUCUCAGCUGUUUGUAAAUGUUGCAGUUUAUAAAUAAAGGUUUAUUAAAAAAAAAAAUUUAAAAGCCUCUGCGCAUGCGCAUAGCAUAGAUCCAACGAAUCGAUGACUAAAUUAAUCGGCAACUAUUUUUAUAAUCGAUUUAAUCGAUUAGUUGUUGCAGCCCUAGUUAAAACCUAAUGAAUCAAAAGCAAUGUUAUAUAAUUAUUUACCUAUUCAAGGCUCCACUUAUUUCACUUCAAAUAUUCUAUUUUGAAAUUUGUUUUAGGGAAAAUUUUGCCAUAAAAAACAGGGUUUUCCUUGGGACGUUAAAAAAAACAAAAAACUUUAUGGAUAUGUCUGAAGUUGAUCUAUAGAUAUUUAAGCGUUGAAAGUAAACAAAUAUUAACAUAUGACUUAUUUUGAAGACUUUAUUGACCUAGACCCUUUGGGUCCCUGGAACCUGUUAACGUUUAUCAAAAUUAACGGGAGACCUAAUGGUUUUAAAAAUGACAAAUAUAUAUAACAAUUUCAAAAAAUAUACGGAUAGAUCUGAAAGUAAUCAUUAGCAGUGGUUCUCCAACUUUUUUCCACUACCUCAAUAAACACCCGGCUCUCCAAGUUUUACCCAUAAUGACCAACAUUAAAAUAUGGUAGCGUAGUAGGCCUAAGUAUUCAUUAAAAACAAAGCACAUGAUUUUUUUUAUUUUUUUUUUACUAUUUGGCUAUUACACAGUUUGAACAGUAACACUGUGUUUGAAUAUAGAAAUAUAAAACACUGUACUUUAAGCAAGUCAUUCUUUGGCGUACCACUAGACGGAGCACGGUUUGAGAAUCACUGAUCUAGAGAUUCAAGCAUUAAAAGUAAAAAUUUGAUAUAUUGAAAUAGACUUGUUUUUAACGCGUUUAGUCCGAUUUUUUUAAAAACUGUUUGUUAAAAAAACCCAAUAAUGUUAUAUAAUUAUUUACCCAUUCAAGGCUCCACUUACUUCACUUCAUAUAUUCCAUUUUGAAAUUUGUUUUAGGGAAAAUGUUGCCAUAAAAAACAGGGUUUUCCUUGGGACGUUAAAAAAAACAAAAAAACUUUAUGGAUAUGUCUGAAGUUGAUCUAUAGAUAUUUAAGUGUUGAAAGUAAACAAAUAUUAACAUAUGACUUAAUUUGAAGACUUUCUUGACUGAGACCCCUUUGGGUCCCCGGGACCUUUUAACGUUCACCAAAAUUAACGGUAGACCUAAUAGUUUUAAAAAUUAAAAAUAUAUAUAACGUACCGUAUUUUUCGGACUAUAAGUCGCAGUUUUUUUUUCAUAGUUUGGCCGGGGGUGUGACUUAUACUCAGGAGCGACUUAUGUGUGAAAUUAUUAACACAUUAGCGUAAAAUAUCAAAUAAUAUUAUUUAGCUCAUUCACGUAAGAGACUAGACGUAUAAGAUUUCAUGGGAUUUAGCGAUUAGGAGUGACAGAUUGUUUGGUAAACGUAUAGCAUGUUCUAUAUGUUAUAGUUAUUUGAAUGACUCUUACCAUAAUAUGUUACGUUAACAUACCAGGCACGUUCUCAGUUGGUUAUUUAUGCCUCAUAUAACGUACACUUAUUCAGCCUGUUGUUCACUAUUCUUUAUUUAUUUAAAAUUGCCUUUCAAAUGUCUAUUCUUGGUGUUGGCUUUUAUCAAAUACAUUUCCCCCAAAAAUGCGACUUAUACUCCAGUGCGACUUAUACUCCGAAAAAUAUGGUAAUUUAAAAAACACGGAUAAAUCUGAAAGUUUUCUUUAGCAGUGGUUCUCAAACUUUAUUCCACUACCUCAGAAAACACCCGGCUCUCCAAGUUCUACCAUAAUGACCAACAUUAAAAUAUAGUAGCGUAGUAGGCCUAAGUAUUCAUUAAAAACAAGGCACAUGAUUUUUUUCACUAUCUGGCUAUUACACACAGUUUGAACAGUAACACUGUGUUUGAAUACGGGAAAAUACAGUUAUAUAAUUAUUUACCUAUUCAAGGCUCCACUUACUUCACCUCAAAUAUUCCACUUUGAAAUUUGUUUUAGGGAAGAUUUUGCCAUAAAAAACAGGGUUUUCCUUUGGCCGUAAAAAAAACAAACUUUUUGGAUAUGUUUGAAGUUGAUCUAUAGAUAUUUAAGCAUUGAAAGUAAACAAAUAUUGACUUAUUUUGAAGACUUUAUUGACUUGAGACCCUUUUGGGUCCCCGGGACGUUUUAACGUUCAUCAAAAUUAACGGGAGACCUAAUAGUUUUAAAAAUGAAAAAUAUAUAUAACGUAAUGUAAAAAACACGGGUAGAUCUGAAAGUAAUCAUUAGCAGUGGUUCUCAAACUUUAUUCCACUACCUCAAAAGUACCCCCAUAAUGACCAACAUUAAAAUAUAGUAGCAUAGUAGGCCUAAGUAUUCAUUAAAAACAAGGCACAAUAUUUUUUUUAUUUUUUUUUUUUACUAUUUGGCCAUUACACACAGUUUGAACAGUAACACUGUGUUUGAAUAAGGGAAAAUAAAACACUGUACUUUAAGCAAGUGAUUCUUUGGCGUACCACUAGACGGAGCACGGUUUGAGAAUCACUGAUCUAGAGAGUCAAGCAUUAAAAGUAAAAAAAAAUUGAAAUAGACUUAUUUUUAACGCUUUUAGUCCAAUUAAAAAAACAAUGUUAUAUAAUUAUUUACCUAUUCAAGGCUCCACUUAUUUCACUUCAAAUAUUCCAUUUUGAAAUUUGUUUUAGGGAAAAUUUUGCCAUAAAAAACGGUUUUCCUUGGGACGUUAAAAAAACAAAAACUUUUUGGAUAUGUUUGAAGUUGAUCUAUAGAUAUUUAAGCGUUGAAAGUAAACAAAUAUUGACUUAAUUUGAAGACUUUGUUGAUUGAGACCCUUUUUGGUCCCCGGGACCUUUUAACGUACACCAAAAUUAACGGGAGAUCUAAUACUUUUAAAAAUGAAAAAAAUAUAUAACGUAAUUUAAAAAACACGGAUAGAUCGGAAAGUAAUCAUUAGCAGUGGUUUUCCAACUUUUUUCCACUACCUCAAACAACACCCGGCUCUCCAAGUUUUUUACUAUUUGGCUAUUAUUACACACAGUUUGAACAGUAACACUGUGUUUGAAUAUGGGAAAAUAAAACACUGUACUUUAAGCAAGUGAUUCUUUGGCGUACCACUAGACGGAGCACGGUUUGAGAAUCACUGAUCUAGAGAUUCAAGCAUUAAAAGUAAAUAUAUUGAAAUAGACUUAUUUUUAACGCUUUUAGUCCAAUUAAAAAAACAAUGUUAUAUAAUUAUUUACCUAUUCAAGGCUCCACUUAUUUCACUUCAAAUAUUCCAUUUUGAAAUUUGUUUUAGGGAAAAUUUUGCCAUAAAAAACAGGGUUUUCCUUGGGACGUUAAAAAAACAAAAACUUUUUGGAUAUGUUUGAAGUUGAUCUAUAGAUAUUUAAGCGUUGAAAGUAAACAAAUAUUAACAUAUGACUUAUUUUGAAGACUUUCUUGACUGAGACCCUUUUGGGUCCCCGGGACCUUUUAACGUUCACCAAAAUUAACGGGAGACCUAAUAGUUUUAAAAAUGAAAAAUAUAUAGACCGUAAUUUAAAAAACAUGGGUACAUCUGAAAGUAAUCAUUAGCAGUGGUUCUCCAACUUUUUUCCACUACCUCAAAAAACACCCAACUCUCCAAGUACCCCCAUAAUGACCAACAUUAAAAUAUAGUAGCGUAGUAGGCCUAAGUAUUCAUUAAAAACAAGGCACAGUUUUUUCGUUUUUUUUAACGAGUAUAUUUAAUAUUUUUGGCUAUUACACACAGUUUGAACAGUAACACUGUGUUUGAAUAUGGGAAAAUAAAACACUGUACUUUAAGCAAGUGAUUCUUUGGCGUACCACUAGACGGAGCACGGUUUGAGAAUCACUGAUCUAGAGAUUCAAGCAUUAAAAGUAAAAAAUUUAUAUAUUGAAAUAGACUUAUUUUUAACGCGUUUAGUCCGAUUUAAUAAAAAACUGUCUUUGUUAAAAAAAAAACAAUAGUGUUAUAUAAUUAUUUACCCAUUCAAGGCUUCACUUACUUCACUUCAUAUAUUCCAUUUCGAAAUUUGUUUUAGGGAAUAUUUUGCCAUAAAAAAACAAGGUUUUCCUUGGGACGUUAAAAAAAACAAAACUUUAUGGAUAUGUUCGAAGUUGAUUUAUAGUUAUUUAAGCGUUGAAAGUAAACAAAUAUUAACAUAUGACUUAUUUUGAAGACUUUAUUGACUGAGACCCUUUUGGGUCCCUACCUCAAAAAACACCCGGCUCUCCAAGUACCCCCAUAAUGACCGACAUUAAAAUAUAGUAGCAUAGUAGGCCUAAGUAUUCAUUAAAAACAAGGCACAAUAUUUUAUUUUUAUUUUUUUUACUAUUUGGCCAUUACACACAGUUUGAACAGUAACACUGUGUUUGAAUAUGGGAAAAUAAAACACUGUACUUUAAGCAAGUGAUUAUUUGGCGUACCACUAGACGGAGCACGGUUUGAGAAUCACUGAUCUAGAGAUUCAAGCAUUGAAAGUAAAAAUAUUGAAAUAGACUUAUUUUUAACGCUUUUAGUCCAAUUAAAAAAACACUGUUACAUAAUUGUUGACCUAUUCAAGGCUCCACUUAUUUCACUUCAAAUAUUCCAUUUUGAAAUUUGUUUUAGGGAAAAUUUUGCCAUAAAAAAACAGGGUUUUCCUUGGGACGUUAAAAAACCCCAAAAAAUGUUUGGAUAUGUUUGAAGUUGAUCUAUAGAUAUUUAAGCGUUGAAAGUAAACAAAUAUUGACUUAAUUUGAAUACUUUAUUGAUCCCCGGGACCUUUUAACGUACACCAAAAUUAACGGGACACCUAAUGGUUUUAAAAAUGAAACAUUUUCCAGUGUGGACACCCCUGCUCUAAAUGAUCGCCCCUGUCCAAAACUAUGCCAUUAUUUGGGAACACAAUUAUUGCGUAUGAACGCUUGACACAACACAGUUACCGCCAUGUAUGAAAAAUGUGACACUUCGGGGGAUUUCUUCUGUUCACAUUAUAAUGGCCGCUUAUCAACGUCGGCCAUCUUUCUGGAUUGUUAUUUUACAUUAAGUGCACUAUUUUAUGUGCAAUUGUGAGAUAUAACAUGAAACUGCAUGGUUCAUCUACCGUAUGUUCUUCCAUGUGUGUUCUUAUCAUUAAAUCCAGUCAACUAGUACCAAAAGGCGGCCGUCU